AUCUGCUGAUGCCGCCAAUAAAUAAUUAAUUUGCAAUGUUUGAUACCGUCCUUUACAAGAUAACCAAUGUGGUCCUAGCUUUGAAAACAAUCAAAUAAUUAGUGAAAUGACAGACGGCGAAGUUGUUUUGAGCUUGGACAUCGAAUUAUGAACUCACAAUGUCUCAUGCCAUUGACUUAAUUACUCUUAAAGCUUUGUAUCGAACAGUGUCAUAUAGGGAUAUAUAUGUGUCAGUUUGAGAGGGAAAGAAUAGAAGUCGAUAAAUUUGAGAGGAUUAAUACAUCAUUCAAGUAAAUAAAGAAUGGAACCACAAGAAGUGAAAAAGCACAAAACCACAGGGAAACGAGAAAAUUCAUAUUCUGCCGAUGUUUAUAAUCCGACCAAAAGGCAUAGGAAAGACCGAAAUGAACAAAACCGACACCACAGACAUGAAAGGUCAGGAGGACGAAACAGCUGGGCAGGCUUUGAAGACAGUCAAAACACAGGGAGAACAGAACGAUCUAACAGUUGGUCUGCUUAUGUAGAUACUCAGUCGUUUAAAAGUACAAAAAGACGUGACAGCUGGUCAAGCAGUGAAGACAGUCAGACACAUGAAAGACACGACAGCUACCCAUCCAUUAGAAACAACCAUAACACUAAGGAUAUAGAGACCGAUACCACAAGGUCAACACAUAAAUCCAAACAAGCACCAGAAAGACACGACAGCUACCCAUCCAUUAGACACAACCAUAACACUAAGGAUAUAGAGACCGAUACCACAAGGUCAACACAUAAAUCCAAACAAGCACCAGAAAGACACGACAGCUACCCAUCCAUUAGACACAACCAUAACACUAGGGAUAUAGAAACAGAUGCCACAAGGUCAACACAUAAAUCCAAACAAGCACUUAGAAGUCCAGAAAGAUAUGACAGCUGGACAACCAGCAAAGAUGGUCGGUCACGUAAAAGAUCAGACAGAGGUGACAGCUGGUCAGCAAGUGAAUACAACGACACACGCAGAAUUUCUAGCAAACGUGACAGCUGGACAUCUAGUAAAGACAGACAUACAAAAAGAAGUUCUGGAGGACGCGACAGUUGGUCACCUAUUACUGACAUAAAGCCAACUAAGAGGAUAGAAAGACGUGACUACAACCUGUCAGACAAUAAUAGGAACUCGUCAAGUUCGAGAACAUUAAAACGUCAUAGUUGGCCAACCAGUAAAGACAACCAGACAUCAAGAAGAUAUGAUACGGCGAAUGACAGAGAAUUUGAAUUCUUUUGGAAAUCACAUUCUCCGUACAGUCAGUGGUAUCUAAGUGACUUCACAGUCGAUGGAAUCACGUUUAAUUGCACGGAACAAUUCAUGAUGUAUAGUAAAGCAAAAUUGUUCAAAGAUAAAGAAACAGCAUCUGAGAUUCUAGCAGAACACGAACCCCGUGAACAUAAGAGACUGGGCCGUCAGGUGAAAAACUUCGACCAGAACACAUGGGAUGACAACUGUAUGGAUAUAGUUAUUCGUGGGAACAAAGCCAAGUUCGAACAGAAUGAAGACCUUAUGACAACUAUCUUAAAAACGUUUCCCAAAACUCUAGCUGAGGCCAGCCCAUUUGAUAGGAUAUGGGGUAUAGGGUUAUCAGCUGACGAUCCAAGAGCUUUGAAUAAAGAAACUUGGAAAGGAAAGAACUUACUUGGACAUGCCCUGACAAAAAUCAGGGAUAGGUUUGUGGAAAAGAAAGAGAAGGUAAAACGACAGAAAAAGAAAACAGAAGAAAAACAACGAAACAGAAAGAAUAAGGAAGAAGAUAAGAGAAUUAGACGCUAAUUUCACAAUUUUAGGAGUCGAUUUCAUUGUACAAAUACCUAUAUUUAUUGUCUGCAAAUGCAUUUGUUCUCAUAUUU